AUGCCCCCAUUGGAAGAAAAUAGUCUUCAGCCAGAUACCACGGAGUACGACUACCUGGUGAUUGGUGCCGGCAGUGGUGGAAUGGCCAGCGCGCGUCGUGCUGCCAGCUACCCGGGAACGCGCGUGGCAGUUGUGGAGCAGUCGCGGCUGGGCGGCACCUGCGUCAACGUGGGCUGCGUGCCCAAGAAGCUCAUGUUCAUCGCCGCGGACAUGAGCCACAAACUGCACCACGACUUUUUGCACUAUGGAUUCGAGGACGAGGAGACCGGGGGCCACUUGGGGCAGCGGACGCACUUCGACUGGCCCAAGCUCAAGGCUCGUCGUGACGCCUACGUGCUGCGCCUAAAUGGAAUUUACGAAAGGAACCUGGCGAAUUCCAAGGUGGCCCUGAUCCGCGGCUCGGCCAAGUUCAACGACAAGGGGAAUGUGGAGGUGGACGGCAAGGAAAUCCUGGCAAAGAAUGUGAUGAUUGCUGUUGGAGGCAAGCCGCUGAUCCCCGACAUUCCAGGCAAGGAGCUGUGCAUCGACUCGGACGGGUUCUUUGAGCUGGAGACGCUGCCGAAAAAGGUGGCAGUCGUGGGCGCUGGUUACAUUGCUGUUGAGCUGGCUGGCGUGCUCAACGCGCUCGGCUCGGACACGUCUAUCUUUUGUCGCAAGGAGGGCGUGCUUCGCUCGUUUGAUGACAUUGUGCGCACCACGCUGGAAGACGCCAUGGCAAAGGAUGGUGUUCACUUGCGGCCUCACAGCAAUAUUGCCCGGGUCGAGAAGGCGGACGAUGGCACCAAGACCUUGGUGUUGGCCGACGGUUCGGAGUACAGCGGUUAUGAUGUUGUGAUCUACGCUGCUGGUCGUGUGCCGCUGACGUCGAACCUGCAGCUCGACAAGGCAGGCGUCGACACGGACAAGAAUGGUUUCAUCCAAGUGAACGAAUUUCAGGAGACGUCCAACAGCAAGGUGCUCGCCGUGGGUGACGUCUGCGGCACUCCUGCGCUGACCCCCGUCGCCAUCGCCGCUGGACGGAGGCUCUCCGACCGCCUGUUUGGCGGCAUGAAGGACGCCAAGGUCUCGUACGAGAACAUCCCGACGGUCGUGUUCAGCCACCCUCCCAUCGGCACGAUCGGCCUGACCGAGGAGCAGGCUCGGCGCAAGUACGGUGACGAUGAGAUCAAGGUGUACACGAGCCGCUUCGUGAACAUGUACUAUGGCCUGAUCAACGAGAUGGACGAGGCGACGGGCGAGCCGAAGGACAAGCCCAAGACGGCCAUGAAGCUCGUCUGCGCCGGCAAGGAGGAGAAGGUCGUGGGCCUGCACAUGAUUGGCAUGGCCGCCGACGAGAUCCUGCAGGGCUUCGGCGUGGCUGUCAAGAUGGGCGCCACCAAGGCCGACUUCGACAACUGCGUCGCGAUCCACCCCACGGCCGGCGAGGAGCUCGUGACCCUGGCGCCUUGGGGCCUCAGCGGGCGCGGCUGA